UUCUUCACACUCGAAGUACAGUUUGAACAGUUCUAAAUGGAAAGUUGUUCUUGUCAUGGUGAAAACAGUUAAUUCAUAUAAAUUAUUGACAAAACUUUAUUAUCCAAUUUUAACUGUGUGUCUUAAUGUGGUGUUUUUCUUGCUCUUUGUUGCCAAAUGCUCAUCAACAUUGAUUAUUAAUUAAAGUUAAACUUUGAUGAUAAGAAAAAAAAAGUUGAUUAACAAAACUUAAUCAAGAGUAUAAAAAAAAACAAGAUAGAAAAACAAUUUAACAACAACAAAAAAAAAUCAAAUUUCAACAAAAAGUUUCUCAAAAAACAGUCAAAAAAAAAGCGAUUACAAAACAAAUUUUAAUCAAUUGAAGACAAUGUUAGUUAAAACUAAUUGUAACCAUCAUAUUGAUUGUUACAAAAUGUUUAAUUACUCAAUAGGAUAUUGGAUUAGUGCAAUUAUUUGUUUAACAGCAACAGUUACCUGUGCCUAUGAAGUAACACCAUUUACAGAUCAACCUUUCGCAUCACUUAGCUACACUGCCGUUGUCCGUGGUAAGGCCGCUUUACCGUGUCAUGUGACGACAUCGACACCCGAUGAUUCAGUAGCACUCAUCUUGUGGUAUAAAGAUGAUGCCUUAGCACCAAUAUAUACAUUGGAUGCUCGAAAAGGUACAUUGGAUCAAGCACGAACUUUGACCGCGCCUGUACUUCAAGGUCGAGCCUUUUUUAACCUUCAUAAUCGACCUGCUUUUUUAAAGAUUGAUCCAGUUCGUUUAUCCGAUUCUGGUGAAUAUCGAUGUCGAGUUGACUUCAAAAAAGCUCGGACAAUCAAUACUGUAAUUAGUUUAAAAGUAAUCGUUCCACCGGAAGAGCCUACAAUAUCAAUCACUGAUGAUAUUAAUCUUAAAGGUUUAAUUGGACCUUAUAAUGAAGGGGAUACACUUAAACUCAUUUGCACAACAAUUGGAGGUAAACCUCGACCAUCGUUGACCUGGUGGCGUGAUAAUUUAUUAAUAGAUGACACAUUUGAAUAUACAGACAAAGAAGUGACCACAAAUCAGCUGACGAUAUCAUCUUUAUCAAGACAUCAUCUUUUAUCAAAAUUAACCUGUCAAGCGGUCAACAAUAAUAUGACCAUACCCUUGGCUACAUCAAUAACCUUAGAGCUCAAUUUGAAACCAACCGAAGUGCAUAUUACUCAAUUAUCACCGAUUCUGGUUUCCCUGAAAGAGGCAACAUUUGAAUGUAAAACAAUAGGAUCAAGACCAAAGCCAAACAUUUAUUGGCUUUUUGAUGGUAAAAAACAUUCAACUGGAGUAUCAGGAGAUCAAGUGGUUACCAGUCGGAUAACAAUUAACGUAAAUAAAUCACAUAACGGUGCAAUGUUAUCAUGUAUUUCAGAAAAUCCUAAAAUAUUAAACUCCCAGAUAACUGAUCAGUUACAAUUAGAUAUUCAAUAUAAACCUCAAGUUAGACUUGAAUUUGGUGCACCAACAUCAUCAUCAACAGUAAUUCAGGAAGGAAAUGAUGUUUACUUUGAUUGUAAAAUAAAUUCCAAUCCUAAACCAAUAAAAUCAGUUCAAUGGAGAUUUAAUGGCAAUCAAUUGUCACCUAAACAAGGAAUCAUUCAGAGUAAUCAAAGUUUGGUUUUGCAAAAAGUUUCUCGUCAACAAAAUGGUCUCUAUCAGUGUAUCGUUACAAAUUCCCAGGGAACUGGAAUAUCAAAUGAAAUUAAUCUCGAGAUUCGAUUUGCUCCUGUUUGCCUUUACAGUUUCAUAUUAACUUAUGGACUUGCCUUACAUGAAUCGGCUGUGCUUCGUUGUUACGUUGAAGCAAAUCCUGAGAAAGUUUCAUUCCAAUGGCGAUUCCAGGAUAAAUCUGAUCCUUUGAGCAGCUCAAUACAAUCAAAGGGAAAAUUUUCUGAUCUUAUAUAUACUGUUAAUUCAUCCGAUGAUUAUGGUAUCGUUUAUUGUAUAGCCAAAAAUGAUAUUGGAUUACAACGUAGCCCCUGUAAAUUUUUAAUUAAACCAGCAGUGCCACCAGAGUUUCCUUAUAACUGUAAAAUAGUUAAUCAAUCAGAUGAUUCACUUUUAAUAAGCUGUAUCUUCAUCGGUAAAUUAAUCACUCCAACAAUUAAUAAUAACAAUAAUGCUCAAUUUCUGGGUUCAAAUAGCCUUAAAAAUGAUGAUGCCUUAACACCGUCCUCUUUAUACUCAAACUUAUCAUCAACAACAUCAUCAUCAUCAAUAAUAACAGAAAUAACUUCAUCAUCAUCUGUAAUGGACACAAACAUAUCAUCAUCAUCAUCAUCAUCAUCAUCUGGGCAACAAUCAAAUAGUAUAACUGUUCAUCCGAGGACAAUUUAUUUUGCUGAAGUUUAUACAAAAAAUGACCAAAUCCUUGUUUCCAAUGUAACCAAUACAAAUUCAGGUUAUUAUUUUAGUGGUAAAGCUAAUGUUGGAUCAUCAUCUAGAUCAAAUGAAUUACCGUUAUCAUCAUCAACAUCAUCAUCAAUUAAUUUCCUUACCAGUUCACCUGAGCUUGGUGAUACAGCUGAUCCACUGGAAAUGAUUGAAUCAUUUUCACGGCCAAUUGAAUUUUUCAUAACCUCAUUGGAAUCAUCAACUUUAUUCAGUAUCAAUAUUUAUGCAGUUAAUUCAUUUGGCCGUAGUGAUAAGAUUACAUUGGAAGGGUCAACUUUAAGGUCAGCGGAAAAGUUGGUCGAUAGUUUUGCUGAUAUUGGAUUAGGUGAUUAUGGUUCAACCAGUGGGAUUGGAGGUGGGUCAAGUGUGGGUGUUAAUGGUUUACGUGUUGGUGGAACCACAAAUGAGGAUUAA